AUGAUUCUUGAUGCUAUGGACAGGAAAGAAUUGACUGCAGUUGUGUUAUUAGACUUGUCGAAAGCGUUCGACAGCAUUGAACAUACAUUGCUAGACAGAAGUCAGUCUGUGAGGAUUGGUCAUAUACUAUCAGAAGCUCGUGCGAUAACACACGGUGUGCCUCAAGGAUCAAUACUUGGUCCAGCGUUAUUUAGUAUUUAUAUAAACGAUCUUCCAACUACUCCCAUUGUAUGUCCUAUAGAAUCGUAUGCAGAUGACUCUAAGAUUUACUUGCCAUUCUCGUACAAAGACAUUAAUGUUGCUGAAAUUCAGCUUACGGAUGAUCUGAGGAGAAUCGCUGCCUGGUGUUGCUCAAAUAGCCUACUUGCCAAUCCCGAAAAGACUAAACUUCUUCUGUUUGGUACAUCACAAAUACUCAAUCAUGUGCAAGACUUUCGAGUGACUUUUCUCGAAAAGGAACUACGACCGGUAUCUUCAGCCCGAGAUUUGGGAAUGGAAUUUGACGAAUGUCUGAGCUAUGACGAGCAUAUUACCACGUGGUUUCAAAAUGUACAAAGUCUCUUUGCCAGAUUAAUCGCGUUAAACAUAUUUUAG